AGAACCGGAGUCCUGGGUCCAGGCGCGACUGUCAUCUCCGUCCUCGGAAACGGGUCUCCAUCCCCGGCCAGCCGGGCCCGCAGGCCCCGCUCCCCGUCUCCCGACCGGGCGGGCAGCCCCCGCGCCUCGGGUCCGCGCAGACACGAGGCCGGACCUCACAGCUGGGGCGCCGCGCCCGGGUUGGCGCGACCGCGGGAGUCACGACACGCCAAGUGCGCCUGCGUGGGGCUCCCGCCUGGAGCCGGACAUUUCACGCCGCGCCCGAGAGCACCGCGCCUGCGCAGGCCGCGGACCGUGGCCCCGCUUCUCGGGUCCGAGGGGCGCGUAGGGAAUGCGCAUCCGCGGGGCGGGCCUUCUCCGCUGACGGCUUGCGCGCAUCGCGCCUGCGCGGGCUGAGGGCGGUGGCUCCGGCUCGCGCUCCUGCCAGGCACCAUCCGCCCCUCAGAGCUAGCGGUGUGGACACUGAACUCAGCGGAGAACGCGGCUGAGUAGAAAUGGAGAGGAAAAUGAAACAUUAAAAGUGGCAGCUAUGUGGCAGAUCCUAAAAGAACUAUGGCAACAUCAGGUGACUGCCCCGGAAGUGAAUCUCAGGGGAGAGAAGAACCUGUGGAACACUGUGAACAGCACCUCCCAGAAGGUGUGCACCCCGAGGAGUUUGUGGCCAUCGCGGACUAUUCUGCCACCGAUGAGACACAGCUCAGUUUUCUGAGAGGAGAGAAAAUUCUCAUCCUGAGACAAACGACUGCUGACUGGUGGUGGGGCGAGCGCGCCGGUUACUGUGGGUACAUUCCAGCGAACCACCUUGGGAAGGACCUGGAGGAGGGUGACCCCGAGGACACCUGGCAGGAUGAGGAGUACUUCGGCAGCUACGGAACCCUGAAACUUCACCUGGAGAUGUUGACAGACCAGCCACGAACAACUAAAUAUCACCACGUGAUCCUGCAGAACAGGGCGUCCCUCAAAGACAAAGUGAUUCUGGAUGUCGGCUGUGGGACCGGGAUCAUCAGCCUCUUCUGUGCACAUUAUGCGCAGCCCAGAGCAGUGUACGCAGUGGAGGCCAGCGAGAUGGCCCAGCACACGGGGCAGCUCGUCAUGCAGAAUGGCUUCGCCGACAUCAUCACUGUAUUCCAGCAGAAGGUGGAGGACGUGGUGCUGCCGGAGAAGGUGGACGUGCUGGUGUCCGAGUGGAUGGGGACCUGCCUGCUGUUUGAGUUCAUGAUUGAGUCCAUCCUGUACGCCCGGGAUGCAUGGCUGAAGGAGGGUGGGAUCAUCUGGCCAACCACUGCCGCACUGCACCUCGUGCCCUGCAGCGCUGACAAAGACUACCGCAGCAAGGUUCUCUUCUGGGACAACGCCUAUGAGUUCAACCUCAGCGCUCUCAAAUCGUUAGCGAUUAAGGAGUUUUUUUCGAAGCCCAAGUAUAACCACAUUUUGAAACCAGAAGACUGUCUCUCUGAGCCGUGCACUAUAUUACAGCUGGACAUGAGAACGGUGCAGAUUGCUGAACUGGAGGACCACCCACUGGAAGCAGGUGCUGUUUAUGAUGGACGAGCCCGUCCCCGUCCACGCAGGGGAUGUGCUCACAGGCUCGAUUGUGCUGCAGAGAAACCCAGUGUGGAGGAGGCACAUGUCCGUCGCUCUGAGCUGGUCCGUCACCUCCAGACAGGACCCCACGGUGCAGAGAGUUGGAGAAAAAGUCUUUCCGAUCUGGAGAUGACAGUUGAAGUUCUCUUUGGGAAGCAGUGUGAGCUUGUUGGAGGAAAGCAGAGCGAGGAGCUCACACCCGAUGCGAACACUCCUUCUUGUGAAACCUGCGGACGCUCACUCUGUCUUGCAGGCGGUCACACCCUUCUCUGUGGCCCCACGACAAAUGCUCGGGCUGCCCCGCCAGUCACGGCCCGUGUCUGUCCUCUAGAGGUAGCUGUGUUUCCAGGUGUCCACAGUGCUGUCCACAGUGCCCACCUGUGGACAGGCUGGGGCACAGUGCUCCUAAGCUAGGUCUAGUUCCGCACUCAUAGGACGCGCGUCAACCUUGUUCUCCUGUGAAGUGACUAUUCGUGCAUCAUGUGUUACUGGUGUCCUUACUGCCCUCAGUUCAUCCACUCACCAUGCAGAACGUGGGGUUGCACAGAGCCGUGCAGGACCUGGGGUGGCAGUGCAUGCGCUGGGCUCUGCAUGAGGUAGUACCUUGUAGAGAUGUCUUCCAAAUAAAUCGUGUUGGCACAUAGUACAUCUCAAUAAAUAUUUUUAAAUAAACGAAUGUUCGUGUAGAUCCUA